CGAACCCACUUCUUUCAAACAACAUGCAUCUAGGUCAUGCCGCGCAUCAUUGAGGACUCCGAUGAUGAAGGAGACUUCGGCAGCCUUUCGCCAGUGUCUCAAGAUGCUCCGUUGCCUCCAUCAGGCAACCAGCCUAGCAAGAAUGCAUUGAUGGCGCAUGAGGAGGAGCUAUCGGUGCCGAGUGCUAGCUUCACGGACAUCACGCAUCGGAACGUCACUCAAGAAGACCCCGCUCCCAAUGGAGAACCCGGCAGUGUGGAUGCUGUCCCCGGUCGCUUGAAGUCGCCUGCGAUAUCGCGCAAGCGUAGGCUGUCGAUGUCGAGCUCCGGUUAUGGCCAAUCACCUCCAAAAAUGAUCGAGCGGAGAAAGACAGUCCGGACGUACGGGUCUUCGUCUCAGCGCAAGCACGACCUCUUCGACGAACAGAACAGUGCCUUUGAGGCUAUGAGAGAACAAGAGCAGACUACGCACAGCAGCAGUGAAAAGCCAUCAAACGACCUGGCGGGACAAGUGGAGAGAGCGGACAAGCCUGGGAAUGGAGAGGACGUGGCAGAGCCUGCACCGACUUGGCGUAUGCCAGAGGCGAUGGCGGACGACUUCGCACAACACGAGCCUCAGAUGUUCGCAGAUUUCUUGAGCACUGUUCCAGACGCGACGAUGACGCAGCAACGCUUGGUGGAAGCUGCGCUGGCUGAGAGAGACAUGAACGAGCAAGAUGAAGCUCUCGUAAGGCAGCGCAUGAUGGAAAGACCUAGUGAUAAUCCUUCUGUAGCCUGGUCUGAUUGGUUACACAGUUCUGAGAUAAGGGGGCAUCCCGAAGAGCAAUCAAUAGAACAACCUCCCACUCACGCCUCAGAGUCCCUAAGCGUGUCUCAUGCCUACCGAUCCACUCCCCCAGAGAGUUCACAUCGGGCCAAAUCUACAGAGUAUCAGCCGACGGGCUCAGAAGUAAUUACCACGCAGUCAAAAGGAUUGCGGCGUUCGAAAACCACGAAUAGUGCAAGUCCAUUGCAUUCAAGCCGCCGUGAUGAUUCGGCUGAUGAGCUAUCGCUUCCUACUCAUGAACCGACAAAGAAGCAGAAGAAAAAGAUGUCAGCAAUUAAAUCAAAUAACAUCCCGAGCGAAAGUAAUGACACAGGUUCAACAAAACGGAGCCGAAGCCGACCUAUUGUUAUAGAUGAUGACUCAGACAGCGAUGAUGUCACACUAGAAAUGCUGUUGAGGAGUCAGUGAAAGAAUUCAUCCGGGUUGUGGGAACCCACAAGAAACCAAAAGCCAAGGAGAACCCUAGCAGCGACGCUCCUAAUUCCGACGACAUCGCCAUCGGUCUACCAAAAGAGCGGUACAAACCAAGACCAAGUCGAUCACGCUCCA